AAUGGAAAUUGAGAAAAAAUUCAGUCAAUGUGGUAAUUACAACAUACUUUAAACUUUGGGAUCUGGAUAUCAUGCUAAGUAAUAUCUUUAUUUAAUUAUUUAGAGUAAAAUUAGGUGAAGAAAAUGGAAAAAAAGUGGCCAUAAAGAUUUUUAAGAAUUAGCAUGAUACAGCCUAAAACAUCAAAGCACUUACUAAUGAAAUCAACAUUCUUAAAUAACUAAAUCAUCCCAAUUUAGUCAACCUUAUAGAAUUCAACAAUGCUCUUCCAUAUAGAGUAAUAAUUAAUCAAUAUUUAAAUAGAGAAAAAAUGGAUAAAUCGAACAACGUGUAUGCAUUAUAUUGGAAUUGGCUUCAGGUGGAGAACUUUUUGAAUACGUAGCCUCAUCUGGAAGAUUUGCUCAAGAAACUUCUAGAUUUUACUUUAAAUAAUUAUUGUCUGCAAUGGUAUACAUGACAAGCAAAGGAAUUUGUCAUAGAGAUUUGAAAUUGGAGAAUAUCUUAUUAGAUGAAAACUUCAACCUUAAAGUAGCUGACUUUGGAUUCGCCAAAGUUAUGGAAGCUGCAAAAUUAAAGACAAGUCUUGGAACACCUGGUAUCAUAUAAUAUAUUAACAUUUAGGUUAUAUGGCACCAGAAAUAGUAUUAAAGAAAGAAUAUAAUGGAACUAAAGUAGAUAUAUUUUCUGCUGGUGUUAUUUUGUUUAUUCUUCAUGCUGGAUCCCCACCAUUCUCAUAAGCCGCUGAUAAAGAUUAAUACUUUAGAUUAUUAUCAAACAAUAAAUGGGAUCUAUUUUGGAAUUAACAUUUAAAAUACAAGGGAGGAAAUCCUGAAUUUUUCCCAUAAGAUUUCAGGUAUUUAUAAUUUAAUAAUUAUUUUCAUAGAAAUUUAAUGCAUGGAAUGUUGGCUCCAAAUCCUGAUCAAAGAUUUACUUUAGAACAAUGUAUGUAACAUCCAUGGGUGAAUGGACCAACAGCCUCAAUAGAAUAAAUUAAUAAUGAAUUUAGAAAGAGACAUGAAAGAGUAUAAGCUGAAAUCUUAGCUUCAAAGAUGAAAAAGCAAGCCUAAAAGGAAAAAACAUAAAGUAAUUAUAUCUUUAUAUUUAUUAAUAGAAGGACCUAUUGGUAAUUUCAGAUCUAUCAUUGGUGAAAGUGAAUAAGAAAAUUUCACAGAAACAAUAGAAAAAUUUAAUUUGAAUUUUGAAAAUAGAUUCUUAACAAAAGGAAAAGAUACAGGAUUACCAAAUGAUAUUACUCUUUAUCAAGAUCCAAAGUUUGUGUUUUGUUAUUUACUCAAAAAUUGUAAAAAUUUCGCCUCAAAAGUGAAUAAAAUUCAUGAAACCAAAUAUAAAGUAUAUUCUUAAAUUACAUAAAUAGAUAAACUUUGAAAUGGCUGAUUAAUAAGAAGAAAAUGCUGAUUAAUAAGAAGAAAAUCUUUAAUAUUCAAUAGAGAUUUUAGAUUGUGAUGAUGAAAUGAUUAAAUUGAAUUUGACCAAAAUAUCAGGAGAUUAUCUUAAAUUCAAAGUGAUCAAUGGUUAAAUUAGAAAAACCAUCAAGGAAUUUUUGAAAGAAGAAGUUAAAUAGAAUUGAA